CACUCAACCAGGGGAAGCGAAGCGGGCUGGCUGUGUGGCUGUGUCUGUGUUUACGCGUGUCUGACUGCUGUGGGCGGCUGUGGCAAGAUGUGGGAGGCUGUGGGGAAGGCUGCUGUGGCUGUGGUGGUGGCCAGGGUGCUGUGGUCGCUAAUUAAAGGGAUAUAUGGCUGUUUUUUAGCCUCCAUUAUAGGGCUGUCUGUUAACCUCAAGAAAACUGGAGAAUGGGCAGUAGUGUCUGUCUCAACGGAUGGCAUUGGGAAGGCUUAUGUGUUUGAGCUGGCCCGGCAAGGUUUCAAGGUCGUCUUAGUCAGCAGAACUCCUUAUAAACUUCAAAAUGUCGCUGCUGAAGUCAGCACCAAAUAUAAGGCAGAAACGAAGAUAAUUGAUGUGGACUUCACCCAAACGAACAUUUACGAGCGACUUGAGCGAGAGCUGGCUGGGCUGGACAUUGGAGUGCUGGUGAACAAUGUCGGCAUGAGUUACGAGUUUCCCGAGUACUUCCUGGAGGUGGACGGCUGUGCUAAAAUGUGCGAGAACCUCAUUAACUGCAACAUUCGCUCUCUCACUGAGAUGACGAGGAUUGUUCUGCCCGGAAUGGUGGAGAGGGGAAGAGGGCUGGUAUUGAACCUCUCCUCUCUCUCCUCCACCAUCCCUGCCCCCCUCCUGGCUGUCUAUGGGGCCUCUAAGUCGUAUGUCCGUAGCUUCAGCGAGAGCAUCUGUGAAGAGGUGGCCAGCCGGGGGGUGACCGUACAGUGCUUGGUGCCCGGGUUUGUGGUGUCCAACAUGUCCAGAAUUCGCCGCCCUUCGCUGAUGGUCCCCUCGGCUGCUGCGUAUGUACGAAUGUCACUCAGAACAGCUGGGGUGGAGAAACAGACAGCUGGUUACUUCAUGCAUAAAUUCCAGACGUACUUCAUAGAGCUGGCCCGAUCGUACCUGCCAGGGUGUGUGCUGACCUCCAUAGUGGCCAGCCAGCUCAAAGGUUUCCGGACCAGAGCUCACAAGAAGAGGAUGGCCGCCAAGAGUGAAUAAGUGUGUGAGAGAGAGAGAGAGAGUGUGGGAGUGAAGAAGAUGGUGGCCAAGAGUGAUUGAGUGUGAGAGAGAGAGAGAGAGAGAGAGAGAGAGAGAG